AUGGCGGCGGCGGCGGCGGGCGAGGCGGCGGGGGCGGCGUUCAGCACCGCGAACAGCGGCCGGGUGAACGGGCUGAGUCGCCCGCCCGGCGCCAUCGCCAUGAAGGACCACGACGCCAUCAAGCUGUUCGUAGGGCAGAUUCCCCGCAACCUGGAGGAGAGCGACCUCAAGCCGCUCUUCGAGGAGUUCGGCCGCAUCUACGAGCUCACCGUGCUCAAGGAUCGCUUCACCGGCAUGCACAAAGGCUGUGCCUUCCUCACCUACUGCGCCCGUGACUCCGCACUGAAGGCACAGAGUGCCCUGCAUGAGCAGAAGACACUGCCAGGGAUGAACCGCCCCAUCCAGGUGAAGCCGGCUGACAGCGAGGGCCGAGGAGAAGACAGGAAGCUCUUUGUGGGCAUGCUGGGGAAGCAGCAGAGCGAGGACGAUGUCCGCCGCCUCUUCGAGCCCUUUGGCCAGAUUGAGGAAUGCACCAUCCUUCGAGGGCCUGAUGGAGCCAGCAAAGGUUGUGCGUUUGUGAAAUAUGGCAGCCACGCUGAGGCACAGGCUGCCAUCAACAGCCUGCACGGCAGCCAAACCAUGCCGGGCGCCUCGUCCAGCCUGGUGGUGAAGUUUGCGGACACGGAUAAGGAGAGGACUCUGCGGCGGAUGCAUCAGAUGGCGGGGCAGCUGGGCAUCUUCAACCCCAUGACCAUCCAGUUCGGCGCCUACGGGGCCUACACGCAAGCGAUCAUGCAGCAGCAGGCGGCCCUGAUGGCAGCCGCGCAGGGCACCUGCCUCAACCCCAUGGCUGCCAUUGCUGCCGCCCAGAUGCAACAAAUGGCUGCCUUCAAUGUCAGCGGGCUGGUGGCUGCCCCCCUCACCCCCUCUUCAGGUACAAGCACCCCUCCGGGGAUCAGCACAGCGCCGGUGCCCAGCAUUGCCACGCCCAUCGGGGUGAACGGCUUCAGCCCGCUGCCGCCCCAGACCAACGGGCAGCCUGCCUCCGAGACCAUCUACACCAACGGCAUCCAUCCCUACCCAGCUCAAAGCCCCACGGUGGCAGACCCCCUUCAGCAGGCCUACGCCGGCAUGCAGCACUAUGCAGCAGCAUAUCCCACUGCCUACGCUCCCAUCAGCCAAGCCUUUCCCCAGCAAGCGCCCCUCAUCCCACAGCAGCAGAGAGAAGGUCCCGAGGGCUGUAACCUGUUUAUUUAUCACCUGCCCCAGGAGUUCGGGGACGCGGAGCUCACACAGAUGUUUUUGCCUUUCGGCAACGUCAUCUCUGCCAAAGUCUUUGUGGACCGUGCCACCAACCAGAGUAAAUGCUUUGGUUUUGUCAGUUUUGACAAUCCGACGAGCGCUCAGGCGGCCAUUCAGGCCAUGAAUGGCUUCCAGAUCGGCAUGAAGAGGCUAAAAGUGCAGCUAAAGCGGCCGAAAGACGCCAACAGACCCUACUGA